AUCUGAAUACCUACUUGAUAUUGUUGGUGGUUGUUCUGUCAUGUGUAGAUACUUAUUACUGAAGUACUAUAACCUUAAAAUUGUGAGUUUUUUGUUUAAUAAGGUGAACUAACGUAUAAAAAUUAGAAAAAAACACUAAAAAAAUGGGCGAAGAAGUGGAUGGAAAUACUGUCUUGGCACAGUCCUUAAAACAACAGGGCGUGGAAUUUAUAUUUGGGAUAAUAGGAUAUCCAGUUAUUGAGUUAAGUAUGGCCUUGCAAAUGGCAGACAUUCAUUACGUUGGUAUGAGAAACGAACAAGCAGCUUGCUAUGCAGCUCAAGCGCUUGGAUACUUAACAGGAAACCCUGCAGGAGUUCUCUGCGUUUCUGGCCCUGGGGUUUUACAUACUUUUGCUGGAAUGGCCAAUGCCCAAAUCAAUUGCUGGCCCGUAGUUGUUAUUGGUGGUUCCUCUCCACAAGACCACGAAGGUAUUGGUGGGUUCCAAGAGUGUAAUCAAGUGGAAUUGGCAAGACCUUACUGCAAAUACUCAGCUAGACCACCUAGUGUCUCUCUCAUACCUCUCCAUGUCGAAAAAGCUGUCCGUUUAUCUAAAAAUGGACGACCUGGAGCGGUUUAUUUGGAUUUUCCAGCAAAUAUACUGUCUGCUAAAGUCGAUUCCACAACGAUACCUCGGCAGUAUGGUCCUACAGAGAUUCCUCUUAUAUAUCCAGAUCCAGUUAAAAUACAGGAGGCUGUUGAGUUGUUGGGACAGGCUAAAAGGCCGUUGGUCAUUGUUGGAAAGGGUGCAGCAUAUUCAAGAGCAGAAAAAGAAGUAAAUGAAUUAAUAAAUGCAUCUAAUCUUCCCUUCCUGGCUACACCAAUGGGCAAAGGAGUAGUUCCUGACACUUCAGAUCGAUGUAUUGGACCAGCAAGAUCCCUAGCUCUCCAGAAAGCAGACGUUAUACUGCUUCUAGGAGCUAGAUUGAACUGGAUCCUUCAUUUUGGACGCCCAGAACGGUUCUCUCCAGACGUUAAAGUAAUUCAAAUCGAUAUCUUAGCUGAAGAAUUGCAUAACAGCGUCAAAUCAGCCGUUGCUAUACAGAGCGACAUCAAAACGGCAGUGUCUCAAAUAGUGGACAGUUUGAAACAGAAGAAAUUUGAAUUUUCUUCUUCCGAAGAGUGGUGGAAAGUAUUGAAAAGAAAGUGUGAAGAUAACAGGAAAAUUGUAGAUGGUAUGGCUAGCGAUGUUCAGCCACCCUUAAAUUACUAUGCAGUAUUCAAAAACUUGUACGAAAAUAUACCUGAAGAUUGUAUUAUAGUGAGUGAAGGUGCUAAUACAAUGGAUAUUGGAAGAUCUAUGUUGUUGAACAAACUUCCACGCCACAGGCUUGAUGCGGGCACUUUUGGAACUAUGGGGGUUGGUCCAGGUUUUGCAAUUGCUGCAGCACUGUACUGCAGACAUUACGAACCAAAGAAAAGAGUCAUAUGCGUUGAAGGAGACUCAGCUUUUGGGUUCUCAGGAAUGGAAAUAGAAACAAUGGCUAGGUAUAAGCUACCAAUAACUGUAGUGGUAGUUAAUAAUUCUGGAAUAUACACUGGCAUGGAACCGGAAGUAUUCAAAGAUAUCCAAGAUAGCGGUGAAAUUACUAAAGUUACUCCUCCUGGAUGCUUGUCCAGUUGUACGCGUUACGAUAACAUGAUGGCAUUAUUUGGAAAACCUGGAUUUUUCGUUCAGACAGUUCCUGAGUUGAAGGAAGCUAUCGGUCAAGCACUGAAAAUUGAAGACGGACCUACUGUAAUCAAUGUUAUUAUCAAUCCAACUGCUGACAGGAAACCACAGACAUUUAACUGGCUUACUGAAUCAAAAUUAUAAACUUGAUUUUACUUUAUAUUGGUUAAGGAUACACAUCGCUACAGAAAACCAGGCUAACCAGACCGGUAAACUACGGUAGAGAGCGGUUCCUAAAAAACAUCGGUUUGAUACGGAACGGUUUGGUAAAAUACUGGAAACGUCAAAUGUUGACGUUUUCUAAAUUUCAAUACCCCUAUUAUAAAAUUUAUCUUGUAUCCAUUUUUAAUGUAUCUAUUCUCUGCUUUUACGUUUGCUUCUUCUUUUCAAUGGAGUUUAAUAUUGAAAAGUACUUUAUUAAUAAACUGUUAAACUCGUUA